UCUCUAACCCUACAGCCGCCAAAAAAAAAAACCCUCCCCAACACUCAGCAGCAGCAACGCUGCAAUGAGGGGGGAAAACACACACACAGCCUCCCUUCUUGAACCAAAGAAAAGAACGAAGCAGAGAGGGAAAGGGAGACUGAGUCGCGGCAGAGGAGAGGAGGAGGGAGCUAGUGUCGCUGUCGAACGGUGCUGAGCCACCGGAGCCGUCACCUCGCCGUCGUGCCUUGCUGCUGUUGCCGCGCGAACAGAGGAGAAUGGGGGACCUAGAGAGAAUGGGCGACGAACGAAGCCAUCGUUGGGAUCUUGGCCGCCGCUGCCAGAGGCGUGGAGGAAGGGAGAGCAGUCGCGCAUCCAGCUGCGUCACCACCGCGCCUUGCCUCGCCGCCGUUGACCUCUCUGCAGUCCACUGUCGCCGGAGCUCCUUGCCAUCGCCGAACCUCCUUGCCGUCGCCACAGAAGCUGCCUUCGUCGGUGCCGUUGGAGGCACGAAUGGGAGAAGAACGCGCACGAGGGAGCUUGCAGAGAGGGUGAUGCGCGAUGGUAGUAGGUUAUUCCGCCGCCCUUGCUGUCGUGCCGUUAGAAUCUCCCGCCAUGGCCGCCGGAGCUUCGGGCUGAGCUUCUGCCACUUGAGACCUUGCUGCCGUCGCCGGAAAAGUAUGCCGUCACCGUCGCCGGAGUUGGGUCACCGCAGCCGCUGGAGGUGGCUACCGGGGCUACCGCCAAACCGGUUCAGAGGCCGUUACUAUUUUGUUUUCGUAUUACAUGUUGCUGUGGUUAUUGCGAAAGUGGCUGGGAGCUGAGGUUUUGAUUGCCGUCAGUUUGGGUUGAGGCAGAAAGGACUCUGUGAGGCGUUUGGAUUAUGGAACCUUGCAUUUUGAGGAUAUGGGCGCUGAAGUCUCGAAGAGUUUAUUUAGUUGCUGUUGUGAUGCUCUAUAUUACUUUAGAUUAUUUAUUGUACCCUCGCCUUUAUCUUGAUAUAUUCUGUAAGAGGGUUAGGAAUUGUAUUGGG